AUGUCGUGUGUUCAUUAUAAGUUCUCUUCCAAAUUGGACUACAACACCGUCACUUUCGAUGGGCUGCACAUUACCCUCAGUGAGCUCAAGAGGCAGAUUAUGGGUCGGGAGAAGCUCAAGGCCACAGACUGCGACCUGCAGAUCACCAACGCGCAGACGCGAGAAGAAUACACAGAUGAAGAAGCCCACAUACCCAAACAUUCUUCAGUCAUCGUGAGGCGAACUCCUAUUGGUGGAGUAAAGCCUGCUGGCAGGACGUUCAUUGUGGAGCGUUCUGACACAGCAGUGGUUGGAUCGUCUAGACCCACGGAUUCUUCUCCUCAGUUGACCUUUGCGCAACUUUCAAAGACUGCAAACCUCGUUGAUGCAAAUGCAUCAGAAGAAGACAAGAUUAAAGCCAUGAUGACUCAGUCCAACCAUGAAUAUGACCCAAUACACUACUCGAAAAAGGCACUUGGCCCUCCACCUGCACAUUACACCUGUUUUCGCUGUGGAAAAGCAGGCCACUACAAUCGGCAAUGCCCAAUGAUUUCGGUUCAAGAUAAAAGUGUGGAGCUUCCCAAACCAGUCAGGACCAGUAAAGGUAUUCCUCAGAGCUUUAUGGUCAAGGCAGAACCAGGUGCUAAGGGUGCCAUGCUGACCAGUACUGGAGAAUAUGCAAUACCUGCUAUAGAUGCUGAAGCAUACGCACAAGGCAAGAAGGAGCGACCGCCUUUUGUUCCACAUGACCAGUCCUCUUCUGAAGAUGAUACAGACCCUAUCCCAGAUGAACUACUCUGUCCCAUCUGCAACGACCUCAUGACCGAUGCUGUGGUUAUACCCUGUUGUGGAAACAGCUACUGUGAUGACUGUAUUAGGACAGCGCUGCUAGACUCAGAAGAACAUACCUGCUACACUUGCAAGCAGUCUGAUGUUUCUCCUGAUAACUUGAUUGCCAACAAGUUUCUCCGACAGGCUGUUAACAAUUUCAAGAAUGAGACUGGUUAUACUAAGCGUAUACGCAAGCCCCUCCAGCAUUCGGCUCCACCGCCGCCUCGGCUCCACCUGCUUCGGUCUCUGCACUCCAGGCAGCAGGACCCUCUGAUGCCCCCAGUACAGGCCCCUGCUAUCACUGCACCUGCAACAGUCACUGAACCACCAAGUGCUACCCCUAUGCCUGCUGCCACCUCUGCUGCUGCUGCCAUCACCAGGGCCCCCACAUCUGUCCCAACCCCGCCACAUGAAGCCUCUUCUGAAUCUCUUGUGGCGGCCCAUUCUCCUGCCCCUGUCAUAGAUCACCACUCUCCUAAGCACAGCCCCAGCCACGGAGAACCUCCACCUCCUGGGGAGGCAGACCCGGAUCCAGAACCCACAGGACACUCAGAAAGUGCUGACCAGGGUGAUGAUACUAGCUCCCAUUUAGCUCUUCUUGGCCACCCUCCUCCUCCUCAGAGGUCUUCACAUACAUCAGACCACUCGCAACCCCACCCAUCACACAGAGGGGGGAAUCGAUCAUGGGAAAGGUCUUAUAGGCACAGGGAGCACAACUCUGGGCAUGUGCAAACAGCCCCCCAUCCUGGCCCCCCGGUUAUUCCCGUUUACGCAGCCCAAGCAAUGUAUCCUCCACCACCACAAGUUUACCCGCCUCCGUUCAGUGCUGGUCCUGGUCUGAUUCCUCCACCUGCACUCGGCUACCGGCCUCCCCCUGUGUACAUCCCUCCCCCUCCAAUUAUGAACUCUGCCUGGCUGCCUUCGGGGGCACCACCACCACUGAUGCCCAUGGCCCCUUCCCUUCCCCUACCCCCACCUUCUAAAGACGAUUUCUACAGAACCCGCCACCAUCGCCAAGACAAAGUUCCUUCCAAACUGGAUGAGUUCACAAAAGACUUUCAUAAAGAGCUUAUGAAGUACAGAGGUGCGCCAAAGAGGCCAAGACGAUCCUAUUCCAGAUCUCGAUCCUACAGCCGCUCUCCCUUCAGCCGCUCUCCAUACACCCGCUCCAGGUCUCGCUCCAGGUCCUACUCUUAUUCCCCCAGUCGCUCCCGCUCCCGGUCCCCAGCCCAUGCGCACGCUUUCUCCAAACGCAACGGCCGCAGUUAUGGACGCUCCAGGUCGCGCUCCCGGUCCAGGUCUUAUGGCUACCGGCGGUCGGGAUCCCCUCGCACCCCUCCACCGUACAGAGGAGGCAACGGCCCCUGGGAUGCGGCUGAACAUGGGGCUCCUUUUCGGUCACACUCGCGAUCACCUGGUGGCUACAGAGGUCAUAGCCCAGGAGGACGCAAACACCAUCACAGAGACAUGCCCCCCUAUGACAUGAAGGGCCCAGGUCCAGGAGACCACUGGGACAGUCAGAGCUACAGACAGUGGGAGAAGGACUAUCACGACUGGUAUGGCAAGUACUAUAAAGAGUACAAGAACUAUAGGGACUAUAAGGAAUAUAGAGAGUACGAUGAACAAGCACCGAGGCAUCACAGAGGAAGAAGUAGCAGGGACCGUGAGCGAGAGAGGGAGCGCAUGUCUCCUUUACCACAAGAGUACUCCCCACAUGCAAAGGCAAGGAAAGGAACACAUACUGCCUCAUCCACUGCACCAGUGAAGUCAAGCAAAGUGCCUGCUCUCCAGCGAGUGGUGUCUCCAUCUGAUAGACCUCUGUCGGUAACGGUCAAUCGGGAGACCAAUCGGGAGGAGAGGGUUCACAGGCCCUUAAUGGACCUUAAGAUCCAAGUCAAUCCCAGUCGAAGGAUAAAGUUGAACAGAGAAGUGACCAGACGAGGCAGUGCUGAUACGCCCCCUUCUGGCACAGACGGGAGCAUUUUCUCCAGCGUUCCACCUAAAGGAGAUGGACGCAUACCAGAGUCCUCCCUGCGCAGAGAAACGUCUCUUUCAGCGGAAAGGAGACCAGGGCCAAGCAGUGCUGUGGACACAAAGGCUGAGACAAAGUCAGAGAGGGAACGCAACAGGGACCGGGGGCAUGAGCGAACAAGGGACCGCAGCAGCAGCCAGAAAGCAGUCUCAAAGGAGCUUGAGGAAGAACACUCGACACGGAGUGAUCAAAAGAACUCCAGUGGAGGAGGAAGGUCUGUGUGUCUGGACAAAAUGACAAUCGCAGAAAAGUCCGCCAAGAGACAGACCGACCACCCGGACAAGCCCAGUGCGGUGCAAAAGGACAGGGAACGCAAAUCUGACAGGAGUUUUUCCAAGGACAGAACAGACAGAGCAGUGUCCUCAGGAGAGAAGCCAGCUGCUGCUCAAAGAGAAGCUAAGGAAAGCCAAGAACCUCCUGCAAAGACUAGACCCAGAAUCAGCCGCAAGGUCCUCACCUCACACAGUGGGACAUCUUCAAGGUCAUCACAUGAGUCCAAAAACAACUCUGUCAGACAGCAGAAGCAUACAUCAUCUCAGUUACCCCCUGAGCUGAAGCAAGAACGCAGCUUCAGCGCCAGCCCUGCACUGAGCCCGUCCCGUGUGCAAGAGCCCCUCAUUCAGCCCCCACCCCGCUCCAAGUGGGAGGACGAUGAGGAGAGCCAGGACAAUGAACCAACUGCUCCCCUAGAACCUUCCCCCGAAUCUCAGAGAAGCACUGAACGAGAAGCCCAAAUCGAGGCUUCUAAAGCAGCUAAGGCGAAAGAAGACAAGAGACCUCGACCAAAAAAAGAGGAGGGGAAAGGGCUAAACAAUUUUGAAAAAACUGUCAAGGCUAAAGUUGUAAGGGAAGAAGGAAAAGGGGUGAAAGAGGAACCUCGGGCAGUGCGAGAAGAGAGGAUAGUUGAAAACAAACAGGGUGGCUCUGAACUUCGAGCUCCUGAGCCCCGGAGACAGCGCUUAUGCUCAGACCUGGCCCGGGAAACGGACGAGGCCGCGUUUGUCCCAGACUACAGUGAGGGGGAGGGGUCCGAAGCGGAGCGGGGGCCGGCGAGCUGCAGCCCGAGCUUGUCCCUCAGCCAGCCCUCACGCAGCCCCUCCCACAACAACAACGACAUCGCCACCAGCGCCGGAGACAAGAAGAAAAAGAAGCAUAAAAAGCAGAAGAAACACAAAAAGCACAAGGACCGGGAGCACAAGGACCGGGAGCACAAGCAUAAGCACAAGAAGAAGAAGCGCAAGAAGAGCAAGGAGCAGGAGGCGGGCGAUCAAGCAGAGGAAGACCAGGGUGAAAACAACGGCGCGGAGGGGGCGGGUACUGCCACGGACGUGCAAGACGAUGAUCAACAUGGAAGUCCACAGUAA